UCAAUUUGACUUUGACACCUAACCUAAAAUCUUUUAAUUACAAGUUGUAUCUCUCAAAGAGCGAUAUCUAUUUAAAAUAAUUGUUAAAAUGGCUAAACCUGUAGAUUUGGAAUUAAAAAAAGCAUUUGUCGAUUUACAAGCCAAAAUGGUUGAAACAAGAAAGAAAAUACAAAUAAUAGAUUCACAAAUAGGAGGACUGACGCGCUAUUUGCAACACGUAGACAUUACACAGCGUGAGAUUAGCCAAUAUGCACCUGGAACAAAAACUUAUGAAUCAGUGGGUAGGAUGUUCCUUCUCACAGAUUUAGAAGAGGUUAAAACUAAUCUUAAAAAUCGAGAAACUCAGUUAACAAAUCGUACUGCAGAAUUGGAGAAGAAUAAACAAUAUUUAGAAAAGAACUUAAAAGAAAGUGAAGAUAAUAUUAGAGAGAUGGUGCAGCAACGAAAAGAACAGAGUGAAAAAACCAAUUAAUUUUAAAACUUGUAAAGUAAUUAACACUAAGAUUAUAUAAGAUGACAAAUGUGCUUUUUAAUAAUUUGAUCAAUUAUAGAGGAUUACUUUAAUGACAAAUCCACAUGAGGAUGAUUAUAUAUUUAGCAUGCACUGUGUUAAUUAAUAACUUAUGACUUGUUACAGUUCAUAAAAAUGUAUUAAAUAUCUAUAAUUUUAUGUAUUAGCUGAUUUGUAUAUCUCAAAUGUGACUUAAUAUUUGUAAUACUAAAUUUUUAUGAUCCUUUGAAAUUACUCUGCCUAUAAUAUAGACCUGGAUCAUGUAAAAAUAGUAUGAAAUUUUAUAUUAAUUAAUAAUAAUAACAAUAACAUAUGGAAA